AUGAUUCUGGGUACCAGUGUCACUGCUAGCCCUCCUCCACCCCAGCACCUAUGGAUAUGGAGCUUGAUACUGAGUGAAGCGCAGGGGACGUGGCCGGAUGGCAUUCCCGCACGGCAUCUCCGGGCCCGGGACCGUGAGGCAAGCCGCGGCAGUAAGAGGCACGUUGACCCAAACAGGAGGUGUUCAAGUCACCCGAGCUCCAGCCGGCCGCAGGGCCUCCCAGACACCACGGCAAGGGUCCUCCCGGAUCCCGCUCGACUCUCCCAGAGCGGUCAGCCGCCGCCGGCCCGGGCUUCCUCUCGGGUGGGUUGGGGGCGGCGGCCGGCGCCGCGCCCCUUCGGCCCAGCCUCGCGACGGUCGCCCAGCGCCCUCUCAGGGCGGGACAGAGCCGGGGCGCCGCGGGCCAAGCGCCCCCUCAGGCCAAGACAGCAGGCCUCGGCGCUGCCCCAGGUGGGGUCCCGGCACCGCCUCCUACUCCCCGGCCCGGUCCCUCCGGCCCCUUCGCUCCCUCCCCGGCCGGCGCCGGCCGGGACUCGGCGGCUGCCAUUGGCUUAG